AUGUCAUGGGUCAGAUCAGCCGUCAACAAAGCCGUCGAAGGCGGCCAAACCAAUCUUCGCCGCGCCGUUCGCAACUAUGCCGACUCCGUCGUCCUCCAUGCAAGCAACGCCGUCGUCGGCGGCGCCAGAAUCAUCCAGGACCGCAUUGUGGCUCGUAAUAUGAGAAGUUUUAGGCACACUGUGAAACGGUUAGAAGAGGUUUCUGUUUCAUGUAGAGGGAUAGAGAGAGUUCAGUUGUUAAGAAGGUGGCUGGUUGCGCUUAAAGAAGUUGAGAGACUCACUGCUAGUGCUACCUUCACUGACACCAAUGCAAAAGAUCCAUAUGACCAGUUUCUUUUUGAUGAAUCCAAGGAUUCACUUGCACAACAACCCACUUUGAUUUACUAUGUAGACCCUGACAUGGUGGAUGAGCCAAAAAAUUUUCGUCAUGUCUUUCUCUUCAGUCAAGCUCUUGAGGGCAUCACACUUUCAAUGAUCCUUGAUGCACCAAAUGAGGAAGAAUUUUCACUACUUUUAGAGAUAUAUGGGCUCUGUGUUCAAGGAGGAAAGCAAGAACAUACUGCGUUGUUAUCCAGUGUGCAGGAUUUAGCAAAAGUAUUUUCUGGAUAUGAAGAUGAAGUACUGGUAAAGCGAGAAGAGUUGCUUCAAUAUGUCCAAAGUGCAAUUUCAGGGCUGAAAAUAAAUGCUGAUCUCAUGAGAGUAGAAGUUGAAGCCUGCAAUCUGAAGGAAAUAAUUGAGAAGACGAAGGAAAUGGACCAAGAUGAAAACUUUGAAAAAUCACCUGAAGAGACAACAGCUGUAUCAAUUGAGGCUCUUGACGAAGCUCUGGCAAAAAUUAAAAUGUGUUCUAAGUUGGAGGAGCUCUUACUGAAAAAGAAAUACUUUACCUAUGGUGAUUCUCCAGAAUUUCAUGCUGAAAAGGUAGACAAAUUGAAAAUUUUAUCAGAGUCUCUUGCAAAUUCUACCGCGAAAGCUAAGAAUCGCAUUUCGGAAAACAGAUCUCAAAAGGAAGAAGCACUUCAUUUUCGCGUAACUAAGUCCGAUGAGGUUGGCCAAGUUGAGAAGGAAUUGGAAGCAGAGAUUGGAGAACUUGAGAAGCAGAAAAAUGAGCUUGAAGACCAACUGAACAAGGUCAACACCUUGUUGGCAUCUGCUCGUGUACGCCUCCACAAUGCAAAAGAAGAAAGAGAGCAUUUUGAGGAAGCAAGCAAUGAAAUUAUUAUACACUUAAAAACAAAGGAAGAUGAGAUGGUGCGGGCCAUUACUUCUUAUUCAGAGGAAGCCAAUGUUGUUGAUACAUGGAUCAAAUUUCUAGAGAGCACAUGGGUUUUUCAAAUUUCACUUGCAAAGGAAAAGGAGGAACAGGUCAAUGCCGAACUGGAGAGAUUUGGAGAUCAUUUUGUGAAUUUGGUGGUUCAGCUUCUGUCAUCUUACCAGGAAAAAUUGGGUUUGUCUGUUACCCAAAUAAGAAUACUUGUGGAGAAUUUAAAAUCCAGUCAAGGGUUAGAAAUAUCAUCAUCAGUAGAUAAUGAAGGGUCGAAAGUAGUGAAUCAAAGGAAAAAGCUUGAAGGAGAAUAUUUGGAUAUCGAAUCCAAGUUUUUAGCCACUCUGAAUAUAGUGGACACCAUGAACAAGCAGUUUCACAUUCAAAAGAAUGGCAUUUUCAGAAAAGAUAGCGACAAGGUCACAGAACUAUUUGAUGCCAUUGAGAAAAUAAAAGGUGAAUUUGAAUCUAUUGAGAGGCCAAAACUGGAGCUUGAGACUCCAACUGAAAGUUCAGAAACACCAUCAAGUCAAACCACCUCAAGAACUUUUUCACCUAGCUCCAUGGCUAAUAAACACAAGCAAGAUGGAGUGAUAAACUCUCUUUCAAUUGCAGGAAAAUCAAAACUAGAAAUAGAACUUGAUAAAUUAAGUGAGGAAGACUCAGCUGAAGAGAUAAGUGAAUGGGAAUUUGAUGCUCUUGACAAAGAUCAUCAUGUCAGGAGUUGA